AUCGCCCACCGCCACCGCCACCGCCACCGCCACCGAUGGAGCUGGAGGCGCCGUCGCCUACGAGGUACCUGCUGGGCGCGGCAAUCAUGAUGGCCGGCGUCGUGCUCCCGCUCGCCUACAUGAUCUUCCGCAGCAAGCGCUCCCCGUCCUCCUCCUCCUCCUCCGCUUCCUCCGUCAUCGCCUCCGCCGCCCCCUCCUCCUCCUCCUCCUUCUCCAAGCAGACGUAGGAACAGGGGCCUCUUCUGACGCGCUCACUUCGGUUUGGUGCUGGUACCGCUAUAUCGUGUCUGCAGGAUGAUACACAACCCAUUUGUGCCUGCCAUCGCUCACUGGUGUAGUAGUAGUUGUUGUAACUGAGUUGUGAUGAAUCUCCAUCUGUCUGUAUGUCUGUCUUGGGAGCACUUGAGCAAUUUUUCUGAUGAUGAAAUGGAAAGGAAAGGGAAACAACAAA